UUAUAUAGAAGGAUGGCGUAAUUAUCAUAAGUAGAUUUAGAUCUAAAUAAUUUAAUCAUGGAAGAAACAGUCCAACUCUUGUCUUAGAAAUAUACUUUAUAGGUCUAGGGUCUUUAGAUAUAUAUCUAUCUAAUAUUAAAGUGCCAAAAUGAUUUUGCAUUGGCUAAUGCAGAUUAUUUCCUUUUUUGUUACACCUUAUUUGGGAGGUACUGGAACUGAUGCACUGCAGAUAUAUUUUGAAGAAAAUGUUUUAAUUACAUUGUACUGUCCACUAUUUGAUUCUUCAAAUGUGGAUUUGUAUCUAAUCAUCAAUAAUGCUGAACAACAACUAUAUUCAUGUAUAAAGGAUAAAAAACCUUGUGGUAGUUUAUCUAAUGGAGGUUUUGCUGUGUUUAAUAGCAGUGGAGAUUACUUCCAAUUUAAUUCAACAAGCAUCACACAAAGACGUUUAGUUGAAAGAGUUAUAUGUAAAUAUACAUAUUCUAAUGGUAGUAUUUUUAAUCAUACUGAAGAUGUUACAUUUAUUGCCAAAGCACAAGAUGUCAAUUGUUUUGAUACACAAUUAACCAGUAAUUACACAAAUAUUUCCAUAACCUGUAUGACAUCAAAAAUAUAUCCAGAAGCUUUGUGUAUUUUCAAUUCAAGUGGACAAGUUUCCUACAGUAAUGUAGCAUAUACUGCUGAUGUAAAAUAUUACCAUUCAAAUUGUACAUGGACAACAUCACUAUCUUAUUUUUAUGCUGGAAAUUAUACAUUGGAGGUUUCUUUUUAUCCCAAUGUAUCAAAUGGUGUAAACUUUUCAACAACUCUUAUGACAUCAUUUCAAUUAACUGUUCCAAAUACACAUCUUUCUGGUGAAUGUUUCAAUAGUACAAACAUUACAUUUGGUUAUAUAAGACCAGAAGCUACUGCUAUCUGUGUCUGUCACCUUGAUGACAUUGGAUAUCCUCCUGCGAUUUUAAAAUGGACCAAUAGCAGUAAUUUAGAUUUGGGAAAACCUAUAAAACAGACGACCUCAUCUUUAAUGAUAGAUACUUCUAGUAAUAAUGUUGAGUACACCUGUAGAGCCUCAACACCCUUAUUGAAUGGAACUGUGUCUACUUCAUAUAUUGUUAAAUAUGCAAAAGGACCAACAACAUGUUUAGUACAGUUUAGAAAUACAUCGCAAACAAUUUGGAAAAUUUGCCAAAACAAUAUUAUCAAUUGGUCAUUCAUUUGUCAAGUAAACCAAUUUGAUGCUAUACCAGGAAUUAAAGGAAAAAUUUAUAUUGAUUCAGCCAAUUUAAAUCUACUUGAUGGUGAAAGUGUAACUAAUGGGUUUCAAGUAAAAAAUGACAUUAAUAUAACAAAAGCAGGAAACUACUCAAUUAUAUGUCAAGUACAAAAUAAAUACUUUGAUAUCAAUGCUUACUGCAAAUAUUUGCACGUUCUUCAAGUAAUGGCACCACCAGAAGCACCGCCAAUAUUAGAAAUAAUAAAUGAUGCAGAUGGACUGCUUGAGAACAACAGUUAUACUGUUGUAUGUAGAGCACCCGGAGGAAUACCUCCAGUAACUAAUAUAACAUUAUCAUGUGGAAACAUCAAUGAAUCAACUCAAUCUGGUGAGAUGGUUACAUCCCUCGUAACAUUUACGAGAAAUAUGACAGGACAGAAUUGUACUUGUACAGCACAUCAUUUUACUGGAUGUUACAAAAACAAUACAAACUCUUUACAGCCAACUAUAUUAUACAGAUCUACAGUACUUUUUUUUAACGCCACCAGCACAAUUAUAGAAAACGGAAACUAUACACAACUGUUUUGUGGAGCAGAUGGUAAUCCCGCCCCCAAUAUUUCUAUCAUUAAAGGAAGUGAAACUAUUGCUAAUAAUUCCAGAGAAAAUUUUCUAUUUCAUAAUAAACCAAUGACCUGUAAGGAUGCUGGAAAUUAUUUUUGUAAAGCAGACAAUGGAAUUAAAUUUAAUGAGGAUGCUAAAAAACUUAUUUUAUUUGUUAAAUGUCCCUUACAGUUUGCUACUGGUGAAAACGUGAAGAAUUUUAGUCUUCGUCAAGGAGAUUUUUUUUUUUUAAAUUUAACCAUUUAUGGAUAUCCAGAGCCAGACAAAUUCAAAAUUUUAAAAUCUUCUAAAGAAUCUUACAAUAUAGAAGUAACAAAUUCUUCAAUGGAACCUCCUUAUUUUAUUGUAGUACUAAAAAUUUUAAAAUUAAAGUCUACAGACUUUGAUAAUUACACACUGUUAGUCUUUCAAAAUGGAUGGCAAAACCUGACCUUGAACUUUAUCAUUAUUGAAGCAAAUGAUUCAGUUAUUCCAGUUCUAAGAGAGGGCUAUUCUAAUUUGUCUGGUGCUAUUGGUGGAGGCAUAGCAGCUGGGAGCAUAGCUUUAAUCAUUUUGAUUACAUUUGUAUAUCUCUCAAAAACAAGAAAAGUUUUCAUGUCUAACAAUUUGGAUGAAUUCAUAAUUUUGAAAAUAAAAACUUUAGAUUGCUCAAAUGGGGAGAUUUAUUCCAUUAAAGGUAAAAUGCCAGUGGCUUCAAAGAAAUGGAAAAAGAUUGAAUCAGAAACAUAUAAAAACUAUAACGAUAUUGUACCAACGAUUACUUCUGCCACAGAUGUUCCCAAAAAUAUGUAUAAACCUAAAGUAAAACCAAAAGUAAAAAUUGGUAAUAGUAAUGGAUAUUACAAUUUUGUUGAACCUUUAUGUUUUAACGGUGAUGAUCUUUCUGACGAAAAAGAGUUAUCAGGUGAAAAUGUGUAUGCUAAUCAAGGCUUCAAUACAAACUAGAGAAAUAGCAAAAAGUGUUUAUGUAUUUCAUCAAUUUGUUUGUAUUGUUUUUAGUUUGUUCAAUCAUUAGCGAUAUGUAUUUUUUAAUAGUUAUUUAUUUUUCAUUUAUGAUAUUUGAAAAAUUAUGGAUUUCUUUUUUCUAUUAACAUUUAAUAACGUUAGUCAGCUGUUGUUUUUUCUCUUUACAUUGUAUAUUUAUGCAACAUUAAUAUAUAUGUAGAUUAAAACACUAGCACAACAGUGACAGAGCAACAGCACUUGUUUUUUUUUUGUAAUAAAAAGAGUUCCUAAUAUGUCUUCCAUUACAAACUAUUGUCCUAUUAAUUGUAUUAUAGUUAUUACAAACCUUAUAUCAACUCACCCUAUAUGUGAUUCUGUCUGUCUUUCUUUAAAAAAAAUCUCCCCCAUUCUUGGGUUAAGUUUAAACUUAAGACAUUUAUGUAUUGUAUCUAAGAAAACGUAAAUCAAUUUAAACAAUUGACCAUUUAGUUUCAUUAAUUAUCUAUAUUUGUACUAUUUUCUUUAAUUAUUUUUGUGAUACCAUUUCGAAAAAGGUGGAGUUUUUCGCUUUUAUAAACCUUU